AAGACAGAGACCCCUUCUUCACUCUCUCUCUCUUUCCUUCUGUACGCGAUCUCUUUCACUGACUUUCAAUUGCGAAUAUUUCCAGCACAAAUCACUACCAAGUUCAUCUCUUUCCUCGCAUUUCGGGUCCUUCAGCUCUUUCUUGCGGACCUACGAACGUUUCAUGAGAGAUUUUCAUUCAGAUUUGAGCUGAAAAUUUCACAGUCGGGGUCAGUUCAGAUCAACGGAGUUGAUUAAUUGAAGUCUUUUCAGAGUAAUUUUCAAUAACUGAUUCCUCUCACGCUAAAGUUCAGAAUUUGUGAAUAUACUAUUUUUGAAGGUUUAUGGCUGGAUCGUCGCUUUUAUAACUCCGUCUACGGAUGUCAAAUGAUAGGUUUUUCAAACUAUUAUCAAGAUCCUUUUGAGAAACUUGUUAGCCACUUCUCAAUAUAUAAAGUACAAAUAUGCCUUCAUGGGGGGUAAAAUCAUCAUCAAAAGAAACCAAGAAGAAAGCAAGUAAGGAAAGUUUUAUUGACACAUUGCAGCGAAAAUUUAGAAGUCUAUCUGAAGGUAAACUAAGUAUUAUAUAUGGAGGAUCUCGUAGACAUUGCAAUGACACAAUUUCUGAGAAGGGGGAUCGUUCUCCGACUGAGUCAAGAUCUACUUCACCUUCCAGAGUGGGAAGGUGUCAAAGUUUUGCUGCAAGGCCUCUUUCUCAGCCACUUCCACUUCCUGGUCUCCACCCUUCAAAUGUAGGCCGAGUAGAUUCCGAAAUUAGCAUAUCAUCAAAGUCAAGACCGGAAAAGGGCUCCAAGCCAUCAUUGUUUCUUCCGCUUCCAGCACCUGGAUGCAUACGUUGGAAACCUAACCCUGGAGAUUUGGAGGGAGAUAUGGUCAAUGCUUCAGUCUUUAGCGAUUGCUCCGCUGAUAGUGAUGAGCCAGUAGAGUCACGCAAUCGUAGUCCUCUCGCACCUGACUCUGAUACUGGAACUAAAACUGCUGCUGGCAGUCCUUCCGGCUUGAUGCUCAAGGAUCAAUCGUCUGCUGUUUCCCAACUGAAUUCAAGAGAAGUAAAAGACUCGACUAACAUUCUAAGUAAUCAUGUUUCUUCUACUUCACCAAGACGGAGGCCUUUACGCAACCAUGUUCCAAAUCUUCAGGUUCCUCCUCAUGGUACCUUCUAUAGUGCUCCUGACAGUUCCUUGUCAAGUCCAUCAAGAAGUCCAUUGAGGGCAUUUGGCACAGAUCAGGUGUUGAACUCUGCGUUUUGGGCUGGGAAGCCAUAUCAAGAGGUCAACUUAGCUGGGUCGGGGCAUUGCUCUAGUCCAGGAUCUGGUCACAAUUCUGGGCAUAAUUCAAUGGGAGGGGACAUGUCAGGACCCUUAUUUUGGCAACCUAGCAGGGGUAGCCCUGAGUAUUCUCCAGUACCUAGUCCCAGAAUGACAAGCCCUGGUCCAAGCUCUAGAAUUCAGAGUGGAGCUGUCACACCUAUUCAUCCUAGAGCUGGGGGAACAACACCCACUGAAUCACAGACUGGACGGAUUGAUGAUGGAAAACAACAGAGUCAUCGUUUGCCCCUUCCUCCUUUAUCAGUUACCAAUUCCUCACCGUUCUCUCAUUCUAAUUCUGCAGCAACAUCUCCGUCUAUGCCAAGAAGUCCAGCUAGAACAGAUAAUCCAAUGAGCCCUGGGUCACGUUGGAAAAAAGGAAAACUGCUUGGCAGGGGCACAUUUGGACAUGUCUAUCUUGGCUUCAAUAGUGAGAGUGGUGAAAUGUGUGCAAUGAAGGAGGUCACUCUGUUUUCAGAUGAUGCCAAGUCUGCGGAAAGUGCUAAGCAAUUAAUGCAGGAAAUCCAUUUAUUAAGCCGUUUAAGGCAUCCAAAUAUUGUGCAGUAUCAUGGUUCUGAAACAGUAGAUGACAAGCUUUACAUAUAUCUUGAGUAUGUAUCUGGAGGCUCCAUACAUAAACUUCUUCAAGAAUAUGGGCAAUUUGGUGAACUAGCUAUUCGUAGUUAUACUCAACAAAUAUUGUCCGGCCUUGCUUAUUUACAUGCUAAAAAUACUCUCCACAGGGACAUUAAAGGAGCAAAUAUACUAGUAGAUCCGAAUGGUAAAGUCAAGUUGGCAGACUUUGGCAUGGCAAAACAUAUAACAGGGCAAUCGGGUCCAUUGUCAUUCAAAGGAAGCCCUUAUUGGAUGGCUCCUGAGAUUAUAAAGAACUCUAAUGGAUGCAGCCUUGCUGUGGAUAUAUGGAGUCUUGGAUGCACGGUUUUGGAAAUGGCUACAACUAAGCCUCCUUGGUUUCAGUAUGAAGGGGUUGCUGCCAUGUUCAAGAUUGGUAAUAGCAAGGAACUCCCAACUAUUCCAGAUCAUCUCUCAAAUGAAGGAAAAGAUUUUGUUAGAAAAUGUCUACAACGUAAUCCACGUGACCGCCCUUCAGCUAGUGAAUUAUUGGACCACCCUUUCGUGAAAUGUGCUGCACCUUUGGAGAGGUCUAUUCUGGUUCCUGAAGCUUCAGACCCUGUUACCGGGACUAUGCAGGGAACAAAAAAUCUGGGCAUUGGACCAGGAAGAAAUCUAUCUGCCUUGGAUUCAGAUAAACUCUCCGUUCAUUCUUCUAGGGUUUUGAGAAGUUAUCCUCAUGAAAGUGAAAUCCACAUUUCAAGGAAUAUAUCUUGCCCUGUCUCUCCCAUUGGAAGCCCACUUUUGACGUCAAGAUCACCACAGCACAUGAACGGUAGACUGUCUCCUUCUCCUAUAUCUAGCCCUCGGACCGCUUCUGGUGCUUCCACGCCUCUUACUGGUGGCAGCGGUGCCAUACCAUUUAGUAAUAACUUAAAACAGCCAGUUUAUUUUCAAGAGGGUCUUGGAAGCAUCCCUAAGUCCUUGAAUGGUGUCUACAUUAAUGGAUCACCUCAUCAUGACUCAAAUGUUGACAUUUUUCGAGGAAUGCAAAUGGGGUCUCACAUCACAUCAGAACUUGCUUCCAGUGAAAAUGAUAUUCUGGGUAAGCAGCUUGCUAGACCUCCUCAUUCAGAGCCGUAUGAUUUUCAGUCAGUCUUGGCCAGUCGUGUCGGCCGGCAGCUGCUAGGGGAACAUGUUAAGAUUAAUCCAUCCCUUGAUCUAAGUCCUAGAUCGUCUUUGCUCCACCGGCCAAAUGGUUUAUGACAUCCAAGAAUUUCCAAGGCCACUUAUCUGAGCAACUCUAGAAGUUUCUCAGAAUGCCUUUUGAUUACUCAGAUCUAUUCAUUGUUAUAUUUGCAAGGAUAUAAUUAUACAAUAAGGAGCCAAAGCACAAGAGAAUCUGUGUAAAUAAAAUUGCAUCCGAGAAUCCUCCAGCAUGGGGCACAGAAGUGCAUUUGCAUGGCUUCAAGAUCGGGCUUGUGUGGCUCAAACCUUGCUUUUGAAGUGCUAAACAAUGCCACUGCAUGAAACUUUUUGACCUCUGUUUGUGCAGAUCAAGUUAUCAACUCAAGCAAAUGCUCACUUGUUGGCAAUGAUGAACUUCUUGUAUGUAGCAUAUUUUAGAUAGUAGAAAUGACAGAGUUCAUGCAAUGACACGCAUCUUUUGGAACACCAUAUAGAUGCCAAAAAACAAGAGUUAAAUUGAUACAAACUUGUAGACUAUUUUUUUGGGAGGUAAGACAUUGAUGUACAGAAAAGAUGGGAAAUUGUAUUGUGAUUAUGCCUUUAUGCAUCUCAUGUUUAA